AUGGCCUCAGGAGAAGAUUAUUCGAGGGUACUCAACGAUGUUGCUAGAAUGUACCAGUUGGAUCUUUCCAACCCUUCGUUGUCGAUGUUCAAGUCAUCCACAAACAGCCCCGAGGAGUACCAUCAUUCCAUCUUCAGUGGCUACACAGAGUCUGGUCUGUCCAUAGUUGACGGGGGAAUAUCUUCAUCUUCGGCAAAUCUAUCGAACGUUAUUGUAGGACAAGGAAUCAAGAACAAUCACGGGAUUCAACUAGCCUCCAUUUCAAAGAUCCCAAACUACUCUCUGGGAACAAAGGAGGAUGUCAACAACAGCACCCAUCACAUCAGUCAGAAAGGCAAAACGAUAUUACAUGGCCUGGGUGUAUCCAAUGACGCAAGUUCUAGUGGAGUCACAAGUUUAGCCUCGAAUGCCAGUUUGAACCAGCAAUUGCUGAAGUUGUCGGUGGUAGAGAGCAAGGACCAAAUCCCCCAGACCCGUGCCGCAAAUGGGUUGCCUUUUUAUUCCAAGGAUUUUGUCACGUCUACAGUGAAAAUGCUGAAUAAGACCUCUUAUGUGGAUGAUGUUGAAUACCUGCACGGAUGCGUGGUUUUAAACCAGUUCCUGAACAGUAAGAGGAUGCUCAGAGAUUACCAGUGGAAGCUGUACUACAAUGAUCGAAUGGGUGGUAAAGGAAUCGUGUCCAAGCUGAAGGAGACGCCAAACCUGAAGAUCGUGGAGCAGGGAGGUGAAGCAGUGAUACGCGAAAAUGUCCCUAUCGAGAGUCCGGACUUACACAUGAUGAUCAAUCGUAUUCCCGUGGAGAGGAGGAGUGAUGCCAUGCUUUCGUCUCCGGGAAUCAUCAAGAGCAAAAUCGUGACCAAAAGGAGGAAACCAACGCCGAACUCGCUGGGUCACUCGAAUAUCAGAAUUCGAAAGCCGAAGUACUUAUGA